AUGGAUCAGGAAAACCAGAAAGAGGCCGAGCAGGUAGCCACGGCCGCCGCCGGAGAACCUCCGAUCUCAGGCCGGAAGCACUACUUUACACCUCCUCCGCUGCCGCCUUCAACCCACCUGAGUUCACUUCCAGUCGAAGAACCAGAGGAUGUUGUAAAAUCAUUGGUACAGACGCAGAGCCAGAUUCUAUCCGGUUAUCUUUACGAGAUUGAUCACAGGUUUUUGCCCCCUCGAACUCCAUCUCAGCUCAAGCUCAUCAGAGUUGCUAUGCUCUGUGAGAAGACUGAGUUGAAUGUCUCCGUAAGAUUUCCCAGUAAGGAGUCGCUGAAACAGUUUUUCGACUACAGAAGGAAGAAAACACACCCGGCUCUGGAUGAAAAAUUUGUGAUGGGCAAUUCCUUGGCAGACAAAGUGCUUACCAAGAUAGUUCCGCCGGCUAUGUAUAACCAGCAGAAAAAUUUGCAGAGUUUCUGGCUGAUUGAUCCUCCCAUUGGUGCUUGUUAUAAUUUACGCAGGGAUGAUAUUAAAAUUAGUGUUGCGCAUAAAAUGGGUGCUGAUCAUGGCUUAUCUGAUGCAUUGAGAGGGAAUGGGAUGAUGAGGUGGGGGGUAAGAAGGCAGGUCAAGUAUAUGGGCAGGCAUAAGGAGAUUGAUUAUGGUGCUUGUGGUGACGUUAAUGGGCUGUCCUCAAGCUUUAUGGAUGGUAUCGACGGGUUCAGGGUUGAGCUGGGUUCUGCUAAAGAUUUUGAUGAUGAUAGAAAAUCUGUGGAGGUAGAGAAAAUUGAAAAUAGUGAUGGUGGUGGAAAAAAAGAUGAGGAUAUGGUGAAGGAUGAAAGUGAAGAAGAUGACGAAACUGUUAAUAGUGAUGGUCAGGAAAAUGAGGAAGAACAAGAAGAAGACGAGGAAGAUGAGGAAGGAGAAGAAGAAGAUGAGGGAGAGGAGGAGGAGGAAGAAGAAGAAGAAGAAAUUGUAAUGGUUAAGAGAGGCAGUAACAUGAGCUCGAAAAGAAAGAGGUACUCUUUCAGAAAUAUUGCAGUUAAAAAACCGAAGAAAGAAAAUUCUGUUCAACUUAAGAGGCUAAACAGUAAGAGGUCCCAUGCCAAGAAAAAGAAAGGCAGAGGCAGAUGCAAGGAAGCCAUAAUUCCAAGAGACCCAAAAGACCGUUGGUCUGCUGAAAGGUACAAGCUAGCUGAGAAAAAUCUUGUCAGUGUGAUGAAGGCAAAAGCAGCAACAGCUGGAAAACCAAUUCUGAGGCCUCAACUGAGGGCAGAAGCUAGAAAGACAAUAGGGGACACCGGGCUUCUCGACCACCUCCUGAAGCAUAUGGCCGGAAAAAUUGCACCGGGAGGCAAGGAGAGAUUCAGACGGCGGCACAACCAUGAUGGGGCUAUGGAGUAUUGGUUGGAGAGUGCUGAUCUUGUUGACAUCAGGAAGGAAGCUGGGAUAGCUGAUCCUUAUUGGAUCCCCCCGCCCGGGUGGAAGCCGGGUGACUCGCCAACUCAGGACCCGGUUUGUGCAAGGGAGCUGAAGCUUUUGCAAGAUAGCUUAACCAAAAUGGAAAGAGAUUUUAUGGCCACAAAGAUGCAGCUGGAGGAUGAUGUGAGAAAGUUAAGGAGGGAACUUGAAGAGCUUUCAGCAUCAAAAAAGAGUCAGGAAACCGAAAAUCAAGCCAUCACAAUAGCAUGGAGUCGUUCGGACAUUAGUCAAAUGCUAAACCAGCUUGCCACUUCAUUGGACUCCUCAAAAACCGACAUUGGCAGUGUCCAAGUUGGAGAGGAAACCACAGCCAAGUCCAUCACACUCAACACUGCCAAAGAAAGAGCAACAGUGGACCACCCAUCAUCAUUGGCCCCAACAGACACUGUAAGAACCUUACCGGAGACUGUCAAUAACCAAAAGAACAGUGGCCAGCCAACAUCAAAUGCUGCAGCAGAGAAGGCAGCAAAGAUUCAGAGGAUGAAGAGUGGUUUCAGGAUCUGCAAGCCACAGGGGACUUUUCUCUGGCCCAACAUGGUCAAGGAUGGAACCAUGGUUCACUCGACCGGUUCUAACCAGGUCACAGUCCAGGUGGAGGUCCCGACCCCUACUUCGGUCAACUCGUCGUCUGGUGGUCUGGCCUCACCUCGGCUGCUCGUUAAACCGUUGGCUGAGAAACGUGCGGUUAAGGUGACUAUGCCAACAGGGUCGGGUUUUGAGGAUGCUUCUUUGGUCAAACUCAACAGUGCCACAGCAAAGCCUAAUGAUGUGUCAUUGGUGUCAGCAAAUUCAAGCUCAACUGCGUGGGAGAUUAGUGGAGCUUAUAAUGGGCCACGAAGUGUAAUGAGAUUGGGCUAUCAUCAGAAGAUAAACAGUAAUUGUAACAUCAACUGCAGCCCAUCAGCUAUGAGCCACAACUGGCUGGCUCUCUCUACUCUCAGCCCAGCCUCUGAUGAUCAGUCCACCCAUGGCCAUGGCUAG